UCUCACAACUUCUGGUGAGGUAGUGGGCAGUCAUCACCCCCACUUUACAGAUGAGGAUAUCAAGGAACAAAACUGUCCAUGUGACUUGCCCAAGGUAAAGGCAAGAAACUAGAAUGCCCAGUUCCUGGUCCAGCACUCUUUUAACCCCAUCCCAUUGUCAUAUUCAGGUUCUAGAAUGAACAGGUCAAUGCUGUGAGGUGGGUUUCAGGUGUAAAGGGGAGGGACUAUGAGGUAACAUUCUAGAAGCAUGGAGAGGGUAGGACAGGAGGCAGAUGACUGUUCCCUCACAAACAGGGGCUUUGGGGCAGCCAUGUCCUAUUUCAUGUCUCCACAAACUCAUCCGGGUCUUCUGCCUUCCAGCCAAGGUGGGGCUGCUUCUCCAGGCUUAUCCCUUGGCCUCUAUAGUCCUGCAGAGCCAGUGGUGGUGGCUGCUAACAGACUAGGCCCUCCGAGCCAGAAAGCUGAGCAGGUAGCACCUGCUGCCCAGGCCUGGGGCCCGGUCCUGGCAAUGCCGGAAGCCAGGGGCUGCCCUGGGGGGGCUAGCUGGGAGACACUGCAGAGGAAGGAGUACGGCGGAUACUGCCACAGAUUCCCCCACGUGAGGCAGCCGGAGAGCCUGGGCUGGGAGGAUGGGUGCUCCAGAAGCAGAGCUCCCCAUCUGGGUGGCCCCAGCAGGCCUGGGCCCCUGCUGCUGUGUGGGCUGUCACCAGGGGUUCUGCCGAUCCCCUCUGAGGCAGAGGGGAAGGAAGCCAGCUCCCAGCCUGACAUCUGCAUCCUUACCCUGGCCAUGAUGAUCGCUGGCAUCCCCACCGUGCCUGUCCCAGGCCUGCGGGAAGAGGAUCUGAUUCGGGCGGCUCAAGCUUUCAUGAUGGCCCAUCCAGAGCCAGAGGGGGCUGUGGAGGGGAUGCGGUGGGAGGAGGCGCAUGCGCACACAGCCUCUGGGCAGAUGCCCCUAGUGAGAUCCAGGAGGGGCCAGCCAUCCUGACUCCUGCUUGUAGCUGGAUGAAAUAGCACCAGAUA